GUUUUCGCUGUAAAGAGGGACAUAUAAAACCCUAGAAAGUAGAAACCCUCCUUACAGAGAGAGAGGAGAGAGAGGGAGAGGGGGAGGGAGCAGAGCAGAGCUGCUACAACAUGGCAAAGCGGGAGCUCUCAAGCACGUUGAGGAACUUAAAGUUCAUGCAAAGGGCGACCCGGAAGGAGGAGGCAGCGAAGAAAGACGAGGAAAAACCGAUACAUUCGACUACCCAAAACCGAAAGUGCAUCGUCAUAAUGGAGGGGGAUCCUCAUCCAGGUGCACUAAAAGGUCGAAUGUCAUUUCAAAGCUUUAAUCCUUUUGUAGAUAAACUGAACGAGGAAGCAGAAGGACGUAGUCAAUCACAACAUCAUGAUGCAAGCAAAGCUGAGCUCUCAACGGACAGAGGAAAUGGAGCUCCUGAAUCUGAGUCAGAUCCCAAUAUUGCAAGAACUGACAGUGAAUCCGAUGAUGAGCAUAAAACAAAGAAACCAAAAGUAGAGAUGGACAUGGUCAAUGAAUCUCAGUUUACAAGAAGUGCGGGUCACAGUAAACCAUCAAAUAACAAGGCAGGCACUUCCAAGCAGCAGAGUCAAGGCCGAUUUGAUUGGAAAGUUCUAAGGCCACCAACUGGUCAAAAUAAGCAAAGGAGUUAAUGCUGUAGACUAGUCAAUGAGUCAUGUGACCUUCCAAAGGGAUAGGUAACAUCCAAGGACACUGCCUAUCUUUCUGUAACUGUAUCUUUAUUGUUUAGUUAAGUUUUGACCAUGAUAUGUUCAUUAUUUGUUUCCUGAAAUUUAUUAAAUCUUCAGGAUAAGCAAUUGAUGCCAAUGAAAUUUAUCCCAUGAUCUAUGUCCUUUAAUGUGAUCUUGUGAGUUAACACUAGUAUCGGUGAACCGUUGGUGUGCAGUUUCCUUUUGAGGACAUACAAAUUCUUUGAUGCUCAUGUUACAUGUUUAGCUAAUAUCCUUACUUAUAUUGUAUAUCUUCCAUUAGCUGAAUGAAUGAUCAUUUGCAGUUUGACAA